CUUUGCCUGACAGCUUCCCCCUAACGACUAUUCUCUUUGUCCUCUUACUAUAAAUAUAUACCACAAUUACUUCACAAUUCAUCACCUCAUCCUACUACCAUUCUCUCCCCUUUUCUCCGAUCACCAGUCAACCAUGACAGCUACCGCUGGUGGCGGCGGCCCUUUCAGGGGUCGUCAAUGGCCUAUAGUCAUUGCAUUUACUAUAUUUUGUGUUGCUAACGUGUUAACUGUUUCGGCUUCUGAUGAGCCUUAUAUGUAUUCUUCCCCGCCUCCACCAUAUGUUUACAAGUCUCCACCUCCACCCGUACAUUCUCCACCGCCACCAUAUGUUUACAAGUCUCCACCUCCACCAGUACAUUCGCCACCUCCUCCUUAUGAGUACAAGUCUCCACCUCCACCCGUACAUUCACCACCACCACCAUAUGUUUACAAGUCUCCACCUCCACCAGUACAUUCGCCACCUCCUCCUUAUGAGUACAAGUCUCCACCUCCACCCGUACAUUCUCCACCACCACCCUAUGAAUAUAAGUCUCCACCACCACCAGUGCAUUCUCCACCACCACCUUAUGAGUACAAAUCUCCACCACCACCAGUGCAUUCUCCACCACCACCUUAUGAAUAUAAGUCUCCACCACCACCAGUGCAUUCUCCACCACCACCAUAUGAGUACAAAUCGCCACCACCUCCGGUUCAUUCACCACCACCACCAUAUGAAUACAAGUCCCCACCACCACCAGUACACAAACCACCACCAUAUGAAUACAAGUCUCCACCACCACCAAAACACUCACCGCCACCACCAUAUGUGUACAAGUCUCCACCACCACCAGUACACAAACCACCACCAUAUGAGUACAAGUCUCCACCACCACCACCAGUACACAAACCACCACCAUAUGAGUACAAGUCUCCACCACCACCAGUACACAAACCACCACCAUAUGAGUACAAGUCUCCACCACCACCAGUACACAAACCACCACCAUAUGAGUACAAGUCUCCACCACCACCAGUACACAAACCACCACCAUAUGAGUACAAGUCCCCACCACCACCAAAACACUCACCACCACCACCAUACGUGUACAAGUCUCCACCACCACCGGUACAUUCCCCACCACCACCAUACUACUACAAGUCACCACCUCCCCCGGUACACUCUCCACCACCCCCAUACUACUACAAGUCUCCACCACCACCAGUACACUCACCACCACCACCUUACUACUACAAGUCACCACCACCACCAGUGCAUUCUCCACCACCACCAUACUACUACAAGUCUCCACCUCCACCAGUCAAAUCACCACCAUCUCCAUACUACUACAAAUCUCCACCACCACCAACCAAAUCUCCUCCCCACUACUACUACACUUCACCACCACCACCAACUCCCUACUACCCCCACCCUCACCACCACAAAAUGAUCGUCAAGGUCGUCGGUAAAGUUUACUGCUACAGCUGCUACGAUUGGACUUACCCAAUCAAAUCUCAUGCCAAGCAUCACCUCAAAGGUGCUGUAGUGGAGGUCACAUGUAAGGCUCAUGGUUUGAAAGAUAUUGUUGCUUAUGGAAAAACAAAGAUCAAUGGGAAAUAUGCAAUUACUAUUGAUGGUUUAGAUUACUCCAAAUAUGGAGGUGCUGAAGCUUGUGAAGCUAAACUUCAUAUGGCACCAAAUGGAACCAAAUGUAAUGUCCCAACAAAUCUCCAUGGCGGUUUGAAGGGUGCCGAGCUUAAGGUCAAGUCCAAGACAUAUGAUGAGGUUGUGCUAUAUGCCAAACCAUUUGCCUAUGCACCAAAGACUCCUUCCAAGAUUUGUGAGAAACCAAAGCCUACUCCAACUCCAUACUACUACAAAUCUCCACCACCACCAUCACCGACUUACUCGUAUAAAUCACCACCUCCACCAUCACCGACUUACAUGUAUAAGUCUCCACCACCACCGGUUAAAUCGCCACCUGCACCUUACUACUACACUUCACCACCACCACCUGUGAAGUCUCCACCACCUCCAUAUCAUUACACUUCUCCACCACCACCAGUUAAAUCACCACCAACACCUUACUACUACACUUCACCACCACCACCAAAGAAAUCUCCACCACCUCCAUAUCAUUACACCUCUCCACCACCACCAAAGAAGUCUCCUCCUCCUCCUUAUCACUAUACCUCACCUCCACCACCGGUUAAGUCUCCACCACCUCCAUACCACUACACAUCUCCUCCCCCACCAGUAAAGUCUCCACCUCCACCUUACUACUACACAUCACCACCACCACCCGUAAAAUCACCACCACCACCUUACUACUACACAUCACCUCCACCACCGGUUAAAUCCCCGCCAACACCAUAUCACUACACCUCACCUCCUCCACCAGUCAAAUCCCCACCACCACCUUAUCAUUACACAUCACCUCCACCACCGGUGAAAUCUCCUCCUCCUCCUUAUCACUAUACCUCACCUCCUCCACCAGUUAAAUCCCCACCACCACCAUACCACUACACUUCCCCACCACCACCCGUUAAAUCCCCACCACCACCAUACCACUACACUUCACCACCACCACCCGUUAAAUCACCACCCCCUCCUUACCAUUACACAUCGCCACCACCACCUGUGAAAUCUCCACCACCACCUUACCAUUACACAUCUCCUCCACCACCAGUUAAGUCCCCUCCACCACCUUACCACUACACUUCACCGCCACCACCAGUGAAAUCUCCACCACCACCAUACCACUACACUUCACCUCCUCCACCAGUUAAAUCCCCACCACCACCUUACCAUUACACAUCACCUCCACCACCGGUGAAAUCUCCACCACCUCCAUACCAUUACACAUCACCUCCACCACUGGUGAAAUCCCCACCACCUCCAUACCAUUACACAUCACCUCCACCACCGGUGAAAUCCCCACCACCUCCAUACCAUUACACAUCACCUCCACCACCAGUGAAAUCGCCACCACCCCCAUACCAUUACACCUCACCUCCUCCACCAGUUAAAUCGCCACCACCACCUUAUCAUUACACAUCACCUCCACCACCGGUGAAAUCUCCACCACCACCAUACCAUUACACCUCACCUCCUCCACCAGUUAAAUCGCCACCACCACCUUAUCAUUACACAUCACCUCCACCACCGGUGAAAUCUCCACCACCACCAUACCAUUACACAUCACCUCCUCCACCAGUUAAAUCGCCGCCACCACCUUAUCAUUACACAUCACCUCCUCCACCGGUGAAAUCUCCACCACCACCAUACCACUAUACCUCACCUCCUCCACCAGUUAAAUCUCCACCACCACCUUACCAUUACACAUCACCACCACCUCCAGUGAAAUCUCCACCACCACCAUACCACUACACCUCACCUCCACCUCCAGUAAAAUCGCCACCCCCACCGUACCACUAUACAUCACCUCCACCACCCGUGAAAUCUCCACCCCCACCAUACCACUAUUCCUCUCCUCCUCCACCGGUUAAAUCUCCUCCACCACCAUAUCUCUACACAUCACCCCCUCCACCAGUAAAAUCACCACCACCCCCUGUGUACAUCUAUGCUUCUCCCCCACCCCCAGUUCAUUAUUAGACUCCCAUAACUCCAUCAUAUCGCUACUUUAAUCACGUUUCAAUUUAAUUAUGAGUUCAAUAAAGAAGGCUCCUCAAGGAGAUGCUUGAUAAUUAGUUCUUCGACACCCAUUUCUUUCUAAUAAGGUCUUCAAUGUCGCACUUCAAAGUACGUAUCAUUUCUGGUAUUGUGAUCAUUUCCUGUCUAUCUCAUCGUUACGGGUCGACAUCUCUAAGAGGAAAGCUUGAAGUUUUAUAUUAAAAGUGAAAAAAAGAAGAAGAAGAAAACUAUAACUGGUGUUACCAUCGGAAGAGGGUGAUAAAGUGUUAUUUCUUUUAUUGUUGUUUAUUCUCAUUUUAAUUUAUUAUCGUUGUAUAAAUAGGUAGAUAAUAUUUUUCAUAUAUAUGAUUGAUUGAUAUUUUCUUCUUACUUUUUCAA